AUGUUGCAAGCAGCGCCCAGGGGCCCCGAAAUCCAGGCCGACGGCACCCACGCCUCGGCUGCCAGCAACGUCGCGCUGGCUCGCAACGACGGCAAGCGGCAUCUCCUGCUCGCCGCCUCGGGCUCUGUCGCCACCAUCAAGAUUAUGCAGAUCGUCAACGGGCUCGCGUCCCACGGCGCCCUGUCCAUCCGCAUCAUCCUCACAGGCGCCGCCGAGCACUUCCUGGGCGGACAGGCGCCCGAGCAGCCAUCGUUGGCCGAGGUGCGGCGGCUGCCCAACGUCGACGGCAUCUACACCGACGCAGCCGAGUGGACGCGGCCGUGGACCCGGGGCGCGCCCAUCCUGCACAUCGAGAUGCGGCGAUGGGCCGACGUGCUCGUCAUCAGCCCGCUGAGCGCAAACACAAUGGCCAAGAUGGCGGCCGGCAUCUGUGACAACCUGCUACUGUCCGUGGUGCGGGCGUGGGACACCGACGGGGCCAUCGACGGCGAGCGCAAGAAGAUUGUCGUGGCGCCAGCUAUGAACACAGCCAUGUGGCGCCACCCUGCCACCGCGAGGAACCUGCGCACGCUCGACGACGACUGGGGCGGCGACGAGGGGUGGAUCGAGGUGCUGCGGCCCGUGUCCAAGACGCUCGCGUGCAAUGACGUGGGCGACGGCGCCAUGGUUAGCUGGGAGGAGAUUGUCGCCGUGACCGAGGCGAGGCUAGGGCUUCGAAAGGCUUGA